UCAUAGACCCAAGUGGAAAGAAAAGAAUUUCACACGCUUGUAAUUUCUCAGUCAUCUACUUUUGGAAAGAAGAGACAUGGGAGCCAACGUCUCUGCAUGGCAAGAAGCUAAUAUUGAUUCAUCUAUGGCACUCAAGAAGUCUCCGGUCGUUGCAUUCCAUUCCUCAGCAAAAUGGAAGAUCCAUUUUGAAGCUUCCAAAGAAACUAACAAGCUGAUUGUCAUAGACUUCACAGCUUCCUGGUGCGGCCCUUGUCAAUACAUCGAACCAUCCAUUAACGAGUUAGCUGCUAAAUACACCGAUGUGGAGUUUGUCAAGAUUGAUGUGGACGAGCUGGAUGACGUGGCUGAGGAAUAUGGAGUUCAAGCAAUGCCGACUUUCAUACUACUAAAGAAAGGAAAAGCGAUAGACAAGAUUGUUGGAGCCAAAAAGGAGGAACUCCAGAAGAAGAUUGAAAAGCACAGAUUCUAACGCCAAUCAAAUCAUCUCAAGUUUGAAAAAACACUGAGUCUGCAGCCAAUCGGAUCUUCUCAAGAGUAAUAAAUAAAUUAUGCUCAAUCUGUAGUUUCAUGUCACUGCGAUUUUAGCUCAAAUCAUCUUAAGAUUGAAAAAACACAUAGUCUAAAGCCAACCGAAUCUUCUCAAGAGUAGUAAUAAAUUGUGUUCAAUCUGUAAUCUCAUUUCAAUGCGCUUUCAGCUCAUACUAAGUUGUGUUGAAUCUGUAAUUUCAUCUCAGUGUGCCCUUCAUUUUAAAACUUUACGGAUGAGAAUAAAAGGCUACCACAGUAUCAUGUGAUUUCAUUUCA